UUAAUCUGUUACAUUUUGACUUACUGUGGUCUCAUUUUUUAUUGUAAUAUAAAGUCCGGCGCAUCUAUAGGUCAGGACAAGCCCGGCUACACGCUGAUAUAACUCAAUAAUGUCUCCGAAGAAGUAUAAAAUAAUCAGAAUGUAAGAAAAUAUUGUAAAAAGAACAGGAUUGUUUACUUUCCGCCCCUCCCCCCGCCGGCCACAUACACACAGACGCUCCUUCGCACAUACACACAGGCGCUCACACCUCCUCCCCUCCUUUCUUUCACACUCCAGGGGGUUGUUUAUUCCCUUUAACUUGCCAUAUAAGGCACUGAGAGCAGGCACACGGAGCCUGAUCAUUGGUUCUGAGCGGUUCUGACUCGGAUGUCGCGUCUGGAAGGCACUACCCAGGGAAGAAAAGUUCAGCCAAUUGUUGAAGAGCGAUCACAGGCUGUAUGCAAAUCAUUCAGGGCUCGCUGGAAGCAGGGAAGACCGUAGAGUUUAUGCCUUUUUACAGAAUUAAUCUAGAGCAAAGGGUUAAUUUUCUGCGGAAGAUGCGUUAUACCGAAGCGAUGUUGAUGAAAUUUCGUAAAAUUGGUCCGUUUUCUCCGUAAAGUUUCGAUAUGUUAAUGACGUCGCCUCUGAGGCAAACUUCAGAAUCUCGCGAUUGCGACAGUCUUUACAGCUUUCAGAUCAGACAAAGGGUUUGUAAAUACGAGUAAUUUAAAAAAAACGAGUAAUUUGAGCCCGCGGCUGGGACGACUUCCUUAUGCAUUCUAGAUGAGUGUUGCAGCGAAACAGUUUCUACAAAUGAACUGUAUUUACCUGCAGACAUGUUUUACUGAUUAAGACAGAGUUGACUGGAGGAACUAUGGGUUUAAUUACGGCAACAUGUACAUUUUUUGUCCUUCUUCUCGCUGUACCAGUAGUACAGAGUCAGAAUGGCUGGUCAGUAGAGUACACUGCGACUCAGAUCUGUGCUCUAAAAGGAUCAACUGUGACAAUACAGAGCACCUACACAUACCCCUCUACUUCACAUAGCAAAGUUGAGAAAACAUUAUGGUUCAUAGAAGAGAGUAACCCUGGUUAUGUGGAUCUGAAGACAGACCCACGUUAUUCAGGUCGUGUCCACUAUGACUGUACAAGUAACGUCUGUAGUCUGAAAAUCUCAAACGUGAGUAUCAGUGACUCAGCUACGUACAACUUUAGAUUCGAAACAAACAUAACAGGAAGGAAAUAUAGUGGUGAACCUGGAGUCACUCUGACAGUAACAGAUCUUCAGGUCGAGGUGAACAAAAAAUUUUUUAACUCAGUACAACUGACGUGUCACACCAGUUGUACUCUUCCUGGUCCACUAUCCUACAUCUGGUACAGUGAUGGUAAAAGCAUUGAUGGAAAAACAUCUUCUUAUUAUGAACAUCGAGGUGAAUCUACAGAAAAGUACUCUUGUGCUUUAAAAGGACACAAGAAUACCAUCUCUCCUUCAGUGUAUGCUCCAAGGCUUCCCUCUGUGAGUCCCUCUGGUGAGAUAUUGGAGGGUAGUUCAGUGACUUUUAACUGUAGCAGUGAUGCUAACCCAGCAGCUAAAUACACCUGGUACAAGGUGAAUGGCAAUACACAGGAAGUAUCUGACCUUGUCAUUGGAUCCAUCAAGUCCUCUGACUCUGGAGAGUAUCGCUGCACAGCUGAGAAUGAUCUGGGAAAUACAUCUAAAACCAUUUGGGUGGAUGUUAAAUAUCCUCCAAGGCAUCACUCUGUAUCAGUGAGUCCAUCUGGUGAGAUUGUGGAGGGCAGUUCAGUGACUCUGAACUGUAGCAGUGAUGCUAACCCAGCAGCAACAUAUACUUGGUACAGGGACAACCAACAACUAUCCAGUGGACUUCAGGGUAUUCAUAUUUUCACCCCCAUUACAUAUAAAAAUGGAGGGAACUACUACUGCAAGUCUGAGAAUAAGUAUGGUCAGAUCAACUCUUCACGUCUACUCAUAGAUGUUAAAUAUCCUCCAAAGAGUUCCUCGGUUUCAGUAACCCCCCCUGGUGAGAUAAUGGAGAACACUUCAGUGACUCUGACGUGUAACACUGAUGCUAACCCAGCAGCUACCUACACGUGGUACAAGGACAACCAGAUGCUUCGUCAAGGACCAUCAAAGGGUUAUGAAUUCAUCUCCAUCAGCCCUGCGGACAGCGGGAAAUACUUCUGCAAGUCUGAGAAUCACCAUGGCCAGAUCAACUCUUCAUUUCAUUUUGUGGAUGUCCAGUAUCCUCCACGGCAUCCCUCUGUGUCAGUGAUUUCCUCUGGUGAGAUAGUAGAGGGCGGUUCAGUGACUCUGACCUGUAGCAGUGAUGCUAACCCAGCAGCUACCUACACCUGGUACAAGGAGAACGAAGACUCACCAAAAGCUUCAGGCCAGACCUUCACCAUCACUGACAGCAGACCUGAACACAGUGGGAAUUAUUACUGUGAAGCCGAGAACAUCAGAGGACGUCAUAACUCCACCUCUCGUCUGACUAUUGUGCCAGUUUUCCCGAAGGAAUUGAAAUUUGCAGUCAUUGGUAUCAGCUCAUUUGUACUCCUGGCUAUCAUACUAGUCUUUGUCCUCCUUUUGAAAAGAAAAAAGAAGGCCUCGGCCUCAGAGGAACCGUCGGAGCCUGGAGAAAGCCCAAACAUCAUUAAACAGCAUCUCUGCAGUCAAUCAGACGAGCAGGAAGAGCUUCACUACGCCAGCGUCGGCUUCUUGAAAACCGAUGCAGAUGCCAUCUACGCCAACAUCGAACAAGUUGGACCUCGCAGACACAACAAGAAAGAGGAUGAGAGUGUGGUGUACGCUGCGACGGGAUUGACGUACGAUUCAGACGUAUGCUAACCACCUUAAAGGUUCCUUAUAUGGAAAGAACACACUUGGAACACUUGUGUUAUACAAGCUGAGUACUAAGAGAAUAAGAAAAGAGGAAAUAUACACCCCACGAUAACUAAAAUCUUAAAACAUUGAAUGACAAGGUGUGUCCAAAUGUUUGACUUGUAGUGCAAGUGUAGAGCAUAUCUCAAGGUACUUGUACUGCAAACUAUAUCAGAGAAAAUAUCUUUGAUAAAAAACAUCAAGUCAGAUCAUAGAUCAUAAUUGAGAUUGAUUGAGAUCAUAACAUCCUUCUGUUUCUCUGAUCACAUUGUUUUAUCACUUCCUCGUUAGUAUAGUGGACAGUAUCUCUGCCUGUCACGCGGAAGACCGGGAUUCGAUUCCCCGGUGGGGAGAAGUUUUUUAAAAAAGGAACUGGUAGGGCUGUGAAAGUUAACGCGUUAACUCGGAUUAAUCCAUUGUCACGAUAAAUCAGAUUAAAAACUUAAAAAAAUUAAUUUAUCUGCAGCACAGAAUGAUUCUGACAGUCUUAUUUCAGGUAGUUUGUCUAAGUAAAGUUACCGUGAAGCAUGUGCAAAUGUGCAGUUGAUCCGAGAGUGACAGGCAGCAGAACCAACCAACAAGAUAGAAGAGGCUAACAGCACCCUCGUCCUCUACCUGGGACAUAUUAUGCACGCUCUACAGGACAGAGUUUUCUUUUCACCAAAGCACUUCCAUCUUAAAAUAGCACAUUAACACCUUGCAUAUGUUAGUCAGGGAUUCUGCUAACACUUUGCUAAUGCAUCGCCCAGCUUCACAGAGACAAACCAAAACAAACCCAGACAAAGACAAGCUGGCAAUGCUGGCUUGCAAAUGUGUCCACUCCUGCAACCACUGGUCACUGGGAGAGACUGUUCUCAGUUGAAGCAACAUUAGAAAUAAGAAGCGGUCAGCUCUCUUGUUGUUGGACAAUGUCAAGUUAGUUUGUCUUAGUAGCAACACGGACCCAUUAAUCAAUGUUAAGUGCAGAUAUAUCCCCUUCUUUCUUGAGUCUGUUUGCUUGUGUAAAAUGAAACAUGAUUAAUAUAGAUUAAGAAUUAAUGAUAUUUAAUUGUGAUUAAUCAAAAUUAAUCCACAGCAACCCUGUGAUUAACCUGAUUCAAAUUUUUAAUCGUUUAACAGCACUAGUAACUGGACUUUAGAUUAGAGAUGACGUUUUGCCACUCAUCCAAGUAGCUCCAUCUGUUCUAACGGGCUCGUGGGAAGUUGAGCUUUAAACAGGGAACUCUGUGGAUAUAACCCAUCAGGAACUUGGCUGACCAGAGACUGGUGCAACCAAAGAUGAAAUAACAUUGACCAUCUUGUGGCAAAGCAAUGUUCUGUGUUCUAUACAAAGAAGGUGGUCCGGUUAAAAUUUUUUUAUUUAAAUAAUAAUUUUAAGUCUUUUCAUUAGACCGAAAUCUUGUCCAUGUCUGGUGUGUGAGUGUUGCUUUCUUCAGUAUGACUGCCAAAAAGGAUCCAUUUAUCAAUAUUAAACUAUGCCAGACUGUUGUGUUUGUGUUAACUACUAUGCUGUACAGCGCAACCAAAUUCCCCGCAUUUUCCUGACUUCACGAUGAGUGUCCUCAUCUUCUACAUCUUCUCGCCUGAUGUUGCAGUACAGAACAUCUGUCUGGCUCUAAGAGAAGUAGAUGGUACUGUAGUGAACAUCAUCCUGUUGUUCUGUUGGUUGUAUUGGUGCUGCAGAGGUCGGGGUGCCAUACACUGGACCCAUGUCAAAAGAAAACUUGAGAAUAACUCAUUUAUUUUGACAUACUGUAAAAAAAGGACCAUUUUCUGUGCACCGUUCCUUAAGAGGAAGUUAACCUUUUGAUGCACAACAUAUGCACCCCCCUUCCAAUGUACAACAUGGGUCAAAAAUGACCCACAUUCAUUCCCUUGCAUAUUUGAUGCUGUCUGAGUUUUUCUUUCUUCUUAGUUUUGAAAACAAUUUAUUUUAUCACUGAAUACUCCAAGUAGUAUUUAAAUAUCUACAGAUAACUACAGAUCAUUGUUUACAUUUUUCCUCUCAUACUUUAUGAACAAAAAUACUUGAGCAGUGAAUGGGACCAAAUAUUUUUGUGUUUAAUACUUGUAAAAUGUCUAUUUGUCAUUUUGUCACACAAACAGAAAGAAAUGUGGCUAUUGAGCUGAACUGUAUCAGUGGUUUAACAACUGUACACUGGUGAAAUAUGACCAAACAAGAUGAGAAUCAACUGAUCAUGACAGAAGUUUGUUUAUCUUGUUUCUUUUCUCUCCAUCUUCUCUGUUUUUACCCGGCUGGCCUCAGACAGAUGAGUACCUCCAUAUGAGCUGGUUCUGCUCAAGGUUUCUUCCUUUUAAAGGGAACGUUUCCUUCAUGCUGCUCAGGAAGAUUCAGGCUGUUUUUUUUGUUAACCCAAACCCCUCUUUAAUUAUUUUUAUUUGGUAGCUUUUGUUAUCACUGUUAGUUCCUUAAAUGCAUUUAUGGCAGUUUGUUCAUUCUUGGCAGCUGUGCUGCUGGUGGUAUCAUAUCGCCUUUUAACAAACACUGACUGUUGAAAACAGAGAAAGAAAGAAAUCCUAUUGUAGUUUAGUGCUGUCACUAAAAUUAAACGUGCAUAUGCUGCAGAUUA